CGUCAUUAAGGGCGGAGGCCACUGGCGGAAGCGAGGGCUAAGAUGUCGUCGCCGGCGGCGCCUGAAGGAGGAGAGCCUCCGCGUGUUAGGCCUCCUCGAGGACCCCCUUCGCAGGCGGUAGUGGACGCGGCCCGGCGAGGCCUCAAGGUCCGCAACGCCCUCACAGGCCUCGGCAUCGGCGCCAUCGUCGUGGGCAUCUAUGGCUACACGUUAUAUUCUGUCUCCCAGGAGCGUUUCUUGGAUGAAUUAGAACUAGAGGCCGAAGUUGUGCGGGCUCGAGCAGCAAAGACUCCAGCAAACUGAGGUUAACAAGAGCCUUGGACAGACAUGGGACAGCACUUCCGGUUCAUGGGAAUAAGACUGGAUUCUUUCCUGGAUGCCGACUCUGGCUUCACUUGAGGGCAUGUUGGUACACAACUCUGAGGCAUUUAUGCCGCUUUCCUAUCAAAUAAAUCUUCACUGCAUUUAUUGGUAAAUCCUAUGCUGUAGCUAGCAUUUAAAUGUGUAAUAACAUUUCAAAUAUUUAAUGUGAAAUACCAAUAAACCAGGGGAACAUAA